AUGUACGAUCCCGACGGCGACAUUGGCCCAGAGAAGUCGUGUUUGAACAUGAAGUUCACGGAAGAAGCACGCUUCUCAUUCGGAUGUGCUGUCAUUGAGUUGGACGGCGGAGCCAAGGUUGGCCGUCGGUGUACUCCGUUCGUAUACAGUGGUCAAUGGAUCCUAACUAUUGAAGAAAUGGACCGACACAUCAACGCCGAAGUCCGUCGUGUUCAAGCGCUGCCUGGAGUUUCGUCACCUUGGGUGACCGGGCAUCGAUCAACCAACGAUGGCAUUUUUGAAAAUGAUUGCGCCUCCAGACUCAAGGGUAUUGGCAAGAAGUUACUCGAUGAACUGGCCAAGGUCGGGAUUACAACCGUCCAAGACAUAGCAAAUAUACCAAGCGAAGAGAUACCCGGCAUCGUUGCUCAACUGCAUGGAAUCUCGUUGCGUUCCAUGCAAAAGUUCAAACACACGGCACAAACGGCAAAUCAUGGAAGCUAUGUACCCCGCUUGGUCGACCACAAGAAGACCGACAAUCCCUACGAAUCCCUUUUCGGCACAACGUGGAGAGACCAAAUCGUGAAGUCGACCGGUAUGAAAAGCAGCGUUUGUAUUACGACCAUGGUCGAGCACAUCAUACAAGCAUCGCCUCGCGUCAUGGCCAAAACAAAGCACGCUGAUGACUGGGUCUUCAUGCACGACGCUCUCUCCCAAAUGACCUGCACGUCUACCAUUGCAUGGAUGAAAGAAAUGGGAUACUAUCGACGGUGGGUGCUACCUGAAUUGGGCCUUAACUGGAAAACGCGGUAUGCCGGAAGGCCGGUCGGAAACAGUCCUGAGCCUGGGAUUGCUCGCUGA